UUUCCGGUAGGUUUUGGCGGGUAUGGAGUACAUAUUGAGGACGCUAACGAAGAAGGAAGAAGUAGAUUCGAUAAUAAGGGAUACAAUCGACAAAGUAGUCGUCCUCCGUUUUGGCCGAUCUUCUGAUCCUCUUUCUCUCCAGCUCGACGACAUCCUAUAUAAAUCUGUGAGAGAGGUAUCCAAGUUUGCGACUGUGGCUUUAGUGGAUAUUGAUUCAGAGGAUGUUCAAGUUUAUGUCAAGUAUUUUGAUAUAACCUUAAUACCAUCAACCAUUUUCUUCUUCAAUGCUCAUCAUAUGAAGAUGGACUCUGGGAGUGCAGAUCACACCAAGUGGGUAGGAGCAUUUCAGAGAAAACAAGACUUCAUUGAUGUUGUUGAGGCAAUAUUUAGAGGGGCGAUGAAAGGCAAGCUCAUAGUGACUUGUCCCCUUCCCCCAGAGAGUAUACCAAAGUUUCAGCUGCUAUAUAAAGAUGUUUAGCAGACAGUUGGUCGCUGAACUGCAGGAUAAAACUCAGCAUCUUGAAAGCCGUUAUUUCUGGACGAGUAUAUGACCAUUAUUAACCUGUAAAAUGAAGAUGAGCGGGUUUCAGAUUUUCACUGAAACGGAGAAACUAUAUGAUUAGUUUUAUACGUGAGGAAGAGGAUGGCAACAGACUGAUGUAGUAGUCGAAUGUACAUGCAUGUCUUGUUGAAUUAAUGUAGAAUCAGGACGUUUUACUUCCUACAGCUGUGUAACGAACAGAAAGCAUCAAUUUCUGAUGGAGUAGAACAAUGCAAGUGAUAAACCUGAAGAACUUUUCUCGACUGCUAAUAAAAUUGUUUUUAGACAUGAA